CGCGACGCCUGGAGGUCUGGGGUCUCUGCUGUACGGUCGGACCUAGGCCAGAAAAACUUCCCUCAAGAACACAAUAUCCUCAGCCGGCCAAAACAAACAGAACAUCCAGGGUGCCUCCCCAGGAUGCAGAAGAAAUUCCAACAAAUACGAAGAACACUAAGGUACCCUUCCCGAACCGACAUCCUUCUAAUACAUCGGUCCGACCGUACUUGAUUUGCUGUACUAGACUGACGCGGUGCAAGAUCGUGCCCCCCGAGGAUGCAGCGCGGGCGGCGCGGCGGGCGCCCCUCUCCCUGCGCGGCGCGGCGCGCGCCCGGGAACCAAGACGAGGCGCGGCCACGGCGCGGCGACGAGGGGCGUCCGGCAUCUCGCCAUCGGGGGCCCAUCACCGAUCUGUCGGCGCGACGCGUCGCCGAUGCCAGCUCGAUGACGUUCUGUCUUCGCCCCAGGUGGAGGAAAGGGAGGAACAGGAGGAACCAGAGGACCAGGAACGGGAGGAGGAGGAGGAGCAGGAGCAGGAACAGGAGGACGAACGGGAGGAGCAGGAACGAUCUGUCCUUGCCCUCGCCUCGCCUGAACAAUGGCGCGGGUCCAGCCCACGGCUGGUGCACAGCUGCGCCUCCCCGGCCACGCCAGGAUGGCGAGCACAUUGGCCCUGGGCCUGUAGGAUGGACCCUGCCAGGAUCGGGGAGGUGAUCAGUUUGCGUUCUCCGAUCCCCUGCCCACUCCCCCCCCUGCC